UCUUGAGAGUUGUCGUGCAAGCAUUCGUUUUUCUCUUAGCUUAUUCGGCCGUUUUUUAUGCGAUUUUUUGCAAUAAAAAGCUGUGAAGUUGUCGCAAAUAGCCGUUAUCGAGCGUUCGAACAUUGGCGAGUCGUUAUUAUCGUCACACAUAACCUUAUAUUGGCGUCCCGCCAACCGUUGGAUUUCCUCCUCCUGCGAACAUUAGAUGUAUCUUCAACGAGACGUACGGGCGCAGGAUAAUGCUUUAAACUGGUAAUGCACCCUCUGUAUGCAGCAGAUUUGGAAGAUCCUUAUAGGCAAGCAAGCAGGUGCACCAAGAAACACCUGUGACGAGCGUUCUGUAUAGUAACGACUGGAGGUGAGCCAGACUUUCAUACAACUUAAGAAGCUUCGUGGUAUGUGAACGUUCCUGUGCAACGGUUACGCGAGUGCGCGUAGUUUACCGUCGUCGCUAGUGAUGCUAAAACUGACGUUCCGCCAAGUAAAGCUUUCGAACCUUAGCAGUUGACACAAGCUCGUUGCAGUGCGCGCUUUUUUACAUUUGACAAGACUAAGUGAUCGUUAAGUGUAUAAAUAUAUAUACACAACAGUUCAUAUAGGACAGAAAGAGAAAGAAAAGAAAAACUCACAAAAAGCACAAUCUUUUGCUUUGCAUUUGUACGUAAGUGGAGAAAUGUCGCGCCGUCGGAGCCUUAGUGCCAGGAGAGUCCUGACUCUGGGCAAGAUAACGGAGCUGGAUAACGAGUCGCCGUUGACCCCCCCGACACCGGUCGCCGUCAUAACGCGGGAUCUCGAACUUUCAAGAUUAUCGGACGAUGAAAACAACGCCGCUACCGCCAACACUCCACUCGGCAGCCUGCAGCUAUCGUGGCCGCUGUUACGUGACAUGGAUAUCUCCAAAGAUAUAGACAACGACUGGAGCAAAACUGACUAUGAUGGCGACAAUACAGGCCUGUUCCGCAAUGCUUUUAAGAUCAAAGGCACGCCGGAGAACGCUGUAAAAGAGCAACAAAAACGCCAGCUGAGAUCGUCGUCAUCUGAAAUAUCAUCGUUCAUCAAACGUCCUCGUCGACUCGUCGGCAUGGCACUUGCGGCAGGGGCGAUGAUCACCUCGCCCAGCAAAAGUGGGGCUACGAGUAGCAGCAGCAUUAGCACCAGUAGCAGCUCCCACGAGAAUGAAGGUUCCCCCGCCAUCGCUCAAAACUUGACACCGUACAAGCCAGGUGGUAUCUUCAAGCUUACCAAGGCCCGUUUGCCGCUGGAAGAGUGCGACCCCAAUAGCCAGGACAGUGGCUACAGUGGCAGUUUGAGCUUCGGCGAAGAGAAGCCGCACCAGCUGCUAGAGCUCCACAGCAAACCAAAAUUCCAAUUCGCCGAGCCAUUGGCCGUCGCCCCGCGCAAAUUCUCCCUCGAUGCACGAAGCCCUAUGAAAUCACCCCUGCGUGCUUCGCCCCAGCAGACCCGUAAGCAGCCCGCCAUUUUCCAUAGCGUCUCCUCGGGCUACGAGAGCACCGAUGAUGGCUUCAACGACCUCAUUGAUAUGGAAAGCCUCGACAACGAUUGCAGUAGCCUGCCCAAUGGCCUUUCCAGUCUCAUCUCGGGCAAUAUCGUUGCCGACACUAGCGUCACUUCGACUUCAUCGUUGAAGUCAUUGUCGUCGCGUAAUGAAAACAAUGCGACCGAGCGCAUGUGCAUUUCGACGACGCCUGAAGCCACACCAAGUGCAACCACUGGCGGCCGAUCCAGGCUUGCCGUGCGCCGCUCGCUCAGCCUACAAAUUGACAGUGCCAGCUCACCUAGCGCCGAUAACGAGCGCAGCCCCGGACCCGCUGCAUCCCGUGUGCGCUCCUGUCUCUUCCGCUCUCCGACCGCCAGCUGCUCCACUGCCAAGCUCUGCUUUACUGACGAGAGCCCACGCGCCAGACCUGAGCUUGGCGUCAUCAGUCCACCACCCGUCUCCGGUCGCAAGUUCAAACGGCCCGAGCCACCCACCGAUCACUCGCCCGUCUUGGUCAAGCGCUCGCGCAAGAGCACAAGUUUCCAGGAUGUGCCUACGAGUAACUUGCAAACUGCGGGUGUCUUGCCCCAACCGUCGCCAGUGGUGUUACAGCGUAGCUUCUCAGAGACCGAGGCUCACGUCCACAUCAAGCGCGCUAUCGGACGUAGUACGACCGAGAACGACCUCACUGGUGACUUUAGCAAACCUUGUAUCCUGCCUCUGGCUGAGGGCCGGCACGAGGACUUGAAGUCCAUCAGUGUGGAGACGCUGUCGCGACUGGUCGAUGGCGAGUUUGCGGACAUGGUGUCCGAUUAUAAAAUUGUCGAUUGCCGUUACCCUUACGAGUACGAAGCAGGACAUAUCAAAGGGGCCCUGAACCUCUACACCAAAGAAAUGAUUGAAGAAUUCCUGCUAAAACCGCUCGAGCACGCUGCCCCGUCAAUCGAGUCCGAUGUGUCCAGAAAACGUAGCAUCCUCGUCUUCCACUGUGAGUUCUCGUGGGAACGUGGACCCAAUAUGUCGCGUUUCCUUCGUAACAUCGACCGACAGCUUAACAAGGAACAUUACCCCGCGCUCCACUAUCCAGAGAUAUACCUGCUGCAUGGUGGCUACCAGAGAUUUUAUAAGGAGAUGAAAAGUAUGUGCACGCCUCAGGACUAUCGGCCUAUGCGCCACCCUGAUCACGAGGCCGACCUCAAGCAGUUCCGUAGUAAAACAAAAAGCUGGCAGAGCGAGAAGACGGGCCGGCCAAACGUAGUCACUGCUAGAGCAAAUCUGAAGCGUUUGGGCUUUUAAGCUCAUAGUCAUUGUCUAAAAAUUAUGAUUAUUAAAAUAUUGAUUGUUUUAUAAUUAAAUAAAUUAUUGUAAAAGAAAAAUGUUAUAAUGCACCGUAAAGAAGAGACGUUCUUGAAAAUGAAUUAUCUGAGUGGAUCAUAGAAUUCGGCUCUCGUGUAUUUAUGUAUAAAUGUAAAUAUGUUGUUAUGGAACCUCGAUCUCAGUAGGGGCAGAGUCAUUUUCAAAUCUCACACCAAGCAGACUUUCUUUUAUAAUAAAUAAUUUUCUAUGAA